GUCCCUCCCGUCGGGGGCGGCCGCUGGGGCCCGAGACGGGACGGGUACAGGAACGGGCGCACCGGUACGGGACCGACACCGACCCGCGGUACCGGGACCAUGGCGGGGCUGGCGCGGUACCAGCGCGAGGCCGAGGAGGUGGCGGAGCUGAUGCGACAGAACGUGGUGCGGGCGCUGGAGCGGGAGGGGCACCUGGAGCAGCUGCAGAGCCGUGCCCAGGACCUGCGACAAGCGAGUGAAGCCUUCACCCGCACCGCACAGACGGUGACGCGGCGCCAGCGCAGGCGACAGCGGCGGUGGCACCUGGUGGCCCUCGGCCUCGGCCUCCUCCUCCUCUUCAUCCUGGGUCUGGCACUGGCGCUGGCCCUGGCACGGUCAUCGCCCGGGACUGUCACCAGCACUGUCCCCACCGCACGGGGGGAGACCAAGCACCCCCCCAGCACUGCGGGGACCCUGCUGGGACCCUCUGAUGACAGAACAACGGGGUCCCCACAAUAAAUAAACACCAGGAGCUGCGUGGGGAGACCCUACAAUAACAGCAACGAGCCAGUGGGAUGAUCUUCAAGGAGACUCAGCAACAGCAAACCUGGGGAGCUCUGGGGAGACCCUACCAUAAAUAAACCCUUUAAUAAAAUCUGCUCUGAAGAGACCCUACAAUAAAAAACCAGCAAGACUCACUCCAGGGAAACAUUACAACAAGCACCAGGAGCUCCUUGGGGAGGCCCUACAGUCACAAACCAGGAAGAUGAACUUCAGGAAGACCCCAUUAUAAAUAAACACCAGGAUCUGUUUUGGGCUGACCCUACAAUAAUUAAGCCUUCAGAAUCUGAUUUGGAAAUACCCCACAACAACAAAUCAGCAGGAUGAAUUCUUGAGGAGACCCUACAAUAAAUAAACAUCAGGAUAUAUUGGGGAAGACCCCCACAACAAGAAGCCUGUGGGAUCUACUUCAGGGAGACCCCACGAUAAAUAAACACCAGAAUCUGUUUUGGGGAGAUUCUACAAUAACAAACCAGCAGGACCCACUCCUGGGAAACCCUACGAUAAAUAAGCACCAGCACAUGCUUUGGGGAGACCCUACAAUAACAGCAGUGGUAUCAGCCUGGGGGAGAUCCUACAAUCCCAAACCCACGGGAUGCAGGAAGAUCUUACAAUAACAAAUGUGCCAGAGCCUCCAGGGAGAUGCUACGAUCAAUAAACUUCAGGAUCUACUUCAGAGAGACCCUACAAUAACAAAUCCCCAGGAUGAUCCCUGGGAAGACCCCACAAUAACAAACAUGGACCUCCUCUGGGGGAACCCUGUGAGAAAUAAACACCGUAACUUUU